GUAAUUUCCGAGAGACCCAGCUGACGCAUUAGCCCCAUCUCUGAACUCCUUCAAUGGCAAGCGUCACGUGAUCUCGGUGAAGUUCUUGAAAGAAAGACAUCAUCAUCAUCAUCAUGGAACGAGUUAAUGUACAACAAGAACGGACAAGGUCCCUCUCGGAAGCAAGAGGCAGUGGAAUCUCCUACUCUCGGACUGAAAUCGCAUAUUCGAAGAAAGGGAUUCAACCUGCAAGCAUGGGUUUCAGGCUGAGUUGCCAUGUUGCUGUGCUGUACGUGGGAUAACGGGAUUGAAUAAGGUACAUGAGGAUGUCACAGAAGGUCAUGAACGUCAGCAAGAUAUGGCGAUCUUUUCACCUGAUUGGUAGGGUAGGCCCAACUCCUGCUAACUAUCGGCACCAACUUUCGUCGAUGAGCCAUUCAGCAGUGAGCGCUUAGGUCGAGAUAUUCAACAAUGUCCUACCGAAUGAGAGUGACACAAGGUAGCUGCAAAUCGAAGUGAGCUCGGUGUGAUUAAGGAAAUUACCUUCCCGUCGUUUCUUGGAUGGCAAGAAACAGAAGCAUCAGAAGAAUCAGAGAACGGCCAAUAAUUGGUUGAGGCGUGCAGUCGGACAUACUUUUCUUCGACUGUAAGUCUCUCGAUAGGUACCUGAAAGCUACUGACCUCUAAUCUGCCGAUAGUUCGAGCCGCGAAAAGACUAUGAACUGCCCAAAGUUCGUGACUUCCAAGCAGAGAUUGACAGAUGACCGCAGAACCAGGUUGUUUCUUACCACUUUCUUGUUAAUCGUGAGAAUCACCAAGCCACAAUAUUAAAUCAUUCACAGAGAGAAUGUGGUUUAUAGUACUGGCUUCAACAAGGAAUUUCGAUACUCUAAUUGAUGGUGAAUCAUGCGUUUUGGAGACCUUUCCAUGUCCCGAUUCAUUGCUAUCUUACAGCUCCUUAAGAUGACGGGACUACAUUUUGGUUGAUUGAGCAGCGUUCAUGAUUGCGUUCUGAUUUUCACGAACCACCAUCAGUCACAUUGCAGCAUAAGAUGAUGUUUGACCACUCGCUUUGUGCAUCGGCCAUUCUUGCCUUUCACGUGGAAUCCUCUCUGAGCCACAGCUUGAAGUAGUCGGCAGUAGUUCACUACCAGAAGUUUUAUCUGAAAGUAAAACAGAUUGUAUUUUAUUGCCCUCUGUCUGCUGGUUGCAGAGAGUGUAUAUUAAGGAUCAAGAGAUCUGCGGAGAAGCUCGGAAUUGAGAGCCUUCCGACACACAGGCCAUGGAGGGAAUGGCUGAUGAUACAUUUUUGUUCACAUCCGAGUCUGUAAACGAGGGACACCCCGACAAGCUGUGCGAUCAGAUCUCCGAUGCUGUCCUGGAUGCAUGCCUGGAGCAAGAUCCAGACAGCAAAGUGGCUUGUGAGGCGUGCACCAAGACCAACAUGGUGAUGGUGUUCGGCGAAAUUACCUCCAAAGCUAAAGUGGACUACGAAAAGAUCGUCCGGGACACUUGUCGAUCCAUAGGCUUCACGUCGGAUGAGAUAGGCCUCGAUGCAGACAAAUGCAAUGUCAUAGUUCAUCUGGAAAAUCAGUGCGACCAGAUCGCCCAAAUAGUCCACGCUCAUGGCACGAAGGAACCAGAAGAGCUUGGAGCAGGAGACCAAGGCCACAUGUUCGGCUAUGCCACAGACGAGACCGAGGAGCUCAUGCCUCUCUCGCAUGUCCUCGCCACUAAGCUCAGCGCCAAGCUCUCUGAAGUUCGUCACAGCGGACUCUGCAGUUGGAUGCGUCCUGAUGGAAAGACGCAAGUGACAGUCGAGUACAAGAACUCGAAUGGAGCCAUGAUCCCCUUGAGAAUUCACACUGUUCUGAUCUCUACCCAACAUGACGAGACUGUCACCAACGAUGAGAUUGCAGCAGAGGUUCGAGAGCAUGUUAUCAAGCCGAUUAUUCCUGACAAAUACCUGGACGGAAACACCGUAUUCCACAUCAACCCUUCCGGCCAAUUCAGCAAUGGAGGCCCUCGAGGAGAUGCAGGUCUCACUGGCAGGAAGAUCAUCGUCGACACCUAUGGUGGUUGGGGAGCACAUGGAGGAGGAGCGUUUUCAGGCAAAGACUGCACCAAAGUCGACAGAAGUGGGGCUUACAUCGCCAGGCAGGCUGCAAAAAGUGUCGUGGCUGCUGGACUUGCAAGGAGAUGUUUGGUUCAGGUGUCCUAUGCCAUCGGUAUGCCAAGGCCAAUGUCAAUUUUUGUCGACUCCUAUGGCACAGGGAAGGUCAGAGAUUCCCAGAUCCGAAAACUUGUGGAGGAGAAUUUCGAUUUUCGACCAGGAAUGAUCAUGCUCGCCUUGAACUUGAAACGUGGCGGCAACAAAAGGUUCCAAAAAACGGCAGUUCACGGACAUUUCGGACGAUCAGAUCCUGAUUUCACUUGGGAGGUUGUGAAACCCCUUCAUUUGGAAUCCGAACAAGAUGCGGCUGCAGCAGCAGGGGACAGCCGCCUCAGUUCUAUCUCAUAAAUGACGAACUGUUAGUCAGUGGAGAAUUCAACCAUUACCACAUCUUCCACUUGCUUUCUUUCUGAGUUCUUGACUAUGGUAUAUACAAAUGGAUAUGUAGAAUUGAAUUCAAGGUCGUUCGCACCAGAGCUUGAGGUUAAAAAUUUAGAGUUUAUUCGCAAUUACUAAAGGAAUGAAGCACAGCUUUACCACGGAAGUCGUUACUGCUGCCGCACGAAGGGAUCUGGACUAAAUAUAUGCAGCAUGUUUAGGCGGUGCUUGACACGCCUCUUUACGUUCCAUAUUAGCAUAAACACGCAAGGUUUAUUCCACUCGUUGUCGGUCUCUUGUCCACGCUAAAUUACCGAAAGAAGAAACAGUAGAAAUAUCGUAUGAAGACGUGCAUGCAGUUGGACCGGUAAGCGAGUCUGACGAGUUGCUGUCUGAAAUCGGCAAUGAGGUUCAAUGUGUUAGAGUUUCGGAGAGCAGAUUUGAGAAAAAAUGCUCUAGACUCGGAGUGUUAUCAAAUCUCUCGAUGAUCCCGAUCAAAGACUUUAGAAUAAGGAGAGGAGCAUGGAAGCCUGAUGCAGUAGCUUCUGCACUAGUCCACUCUGAGCAGCUGCACUUUGGAAUGCACUCUACCUUGAAGAAGAGUUUCAUCGUAAGUUUCAUCCUAUGUUUGGAGCAAAUUUGGUCACUCAGUAGAA